AUGGGCUUAACAGAGCCACAAGGGUCGUCAGAACAACUGGAAGAGAAACUGAAGGCCGCUCAAAUGAGCCAAAAAGAGGCGAAGAGACAACAUGCCGUGGGCGAGCGUGUUCUGACCCGAUAUAUAUAUAUAUCGGAUGAUUCUGAGAUCGCAGCGAACCGAAAAGAAAAAAAAUCUCCCGUACCUUAUCCGGCUUCCCCUCCCCCCGUCGCGCACUUUCCCUCGCAACCACCCCCGAUCCCACCCGCAACCCCCCGACCAACUGCCCCCGGCUCCGGCGCCCCUGCCGGCCCCGCCUCCUUCCGGCUCACCGCCGCCCCAGCCUCCUCUGGGCGCGGGGCCGUCCACGCCCCAGCCUCCUUCCGGUGGCACGAGGCCACCGCCGCCCCCGCCCCCCCCCGCCCACCUGCCCCCGGCUCCGGCGCCCCUGCCGGCCCCGCCUCCUUCCGGCUCACCGCCGCCCCAGCCUCCUCUGGGCGCGGGGCCGUCCACGCCCCAGCCUCCUUCCGGUGGCACGAGGCCACCGCCGCCCCCGCCCCCCCCCGCCCACCUGCCCCCGGCUCCGGCGCCCCUGCCGGCCCCGCCUCCUUCCGGCUCACCGCCGCCCCAGCCUCCUCUGGGCGCGGGGCCGUCCACGCCCCAGCCUCCUUCCGGUGGCACGAGGCCACCGCCGCCCCCGCCCCCCCCCGCCCACCUGCCCCCGGCUCCGGCGCCCCUGCCGGCCCCGCCUCCUUCCGGCUCACCGCCGCCCCAGCCUCCUCUGGGCGCGGGGCCGUCCACGCCCCAGCCUCCUUCCGGUGGCACGAGGCCACCGCCGCCCCCGCCCCCCCCCGCCCACCUGCCCCCGGCUCCGGCGCCCCUGCCGGCCCCGCCUCCUUCCGGCUCACCGCCGCCCCAGCCUCCUCUGGGCGCGGGGCCGUCCACGCCCCAGCCUCCUUCCGGUGGCACGAGGCCACCGCCGCCCCCGCCCCCCCCCGCCCACCUGCCCCCGGCUCCGGCGCCCCUGCCGGCCCCGCCUCCUUCCGGCUCACCGCCGCCCCAGCCUCCUCUGGGCGCGGGGCCGUCCACGCCCCAGCCUCCUUCCGGUGGCACGAGGCCACCGCCGCCCCCGCCCCCCCCCGCCCACCUGCCCCCGGCUCCGGCGCCCCUGCCGGCCCCGCCUCCUUCCGGCUCACCGCCGCCCCAGCCUCCUCUGGGCGCGGGGCCGUCCACGCCCCAGCCUCCUUCCGGUGGCACGAGGCCACCGCCGCCCCCGCCCCCCCCCGCCCACCUGCCCCCGGCUCCGGCGCCCCUGCCGGCCCCGCCUCCUUCCGGCUCACCGCCGCCCCAGCCUCCUCUGGGCGCGGGGCCGUCCACGCCCCAGCCUCCUUCCGGUGGCACGAGGCCACCGCCGCCCCCGCCCCCCCCCGCCCACCUGCCCCCGGCUCCGGCGCCCCUGCCGGCCCCGCCUCCUUCCGGCUCACCGCCGCCCCAGCCUCCUCUGGGCGCGGGGCCGUCCACGCCCCAGCCUCCUUCCGGUGGCACGAGGCCACCGCCGCCCCCGCCCCCCCCCGCCCACCUGCCCCCGGCUCCGGCGCCCCUGCCGGCCCCGCCUCCUUCCGGCUCACCGCCGCCCCAGCCUCCUCUGGGCGCGGGGCCGUCCACGCCCCAGCCUCCUUCCGGUGGCACGAGGCCACCGCCGCCCCCGCCUCCUCCUGGCCCGCCGGCGACCCUGCCUCUUCCUGCCGAGGCCGCCUCCUCCUCCAGGCACGUCGCGCCCGUGCCUCCUUCCGGCGCGAGGCCGCCGCCUCUUCCAGGCACGCCGGUGCCCCUGCCUCCUUCCGACUCAAGGGCACUUCCGCCACAAGGAAGUAACCCUCCUUCAUCCACCGCCCGAUGUGUCGCCGCCCCCAAUGAUCCACUCCCUUCCUCUGGCUCCUGGUCGAUGAUCAUGGCCCAUCCUGCUGCUUGCCUCCUUCCUCGCGUAUGCAUAAAAAAAUAGGUGAGUCGCUGCAGUCCAAGUCGCGCCAUAGCAGCAGGGCGACUCUUCUAGGAUGCAUCUCACGCUCAACCGGCUCCAAUUUUGCGCGCAUGGGGUUGGUGCUGCUCCAGCGAGCUCCUCCAUCCCCAGCUUGUCCCUGAAUGCAGACACUGCACCGCGCAGGCUCCUACCCACCGUUCCUCCUCUCUGCUUCUUCACUCUUCACUUCUCUAGAUUUUGGUGUGUGCACACAAAAUGUUCACUAAAAUGUCUCAGUGCAGUAGUACCAGUUUUGUGUGUUUGUUUUCCCUUCUAGCUUAGUCCUUGCCUGCUAAUUGAUAUAGCUUGGAUUACUUAAGAGUGUUUUUCAUGUGUGUUUCUGCACUUUAGGUUGAAUUUCACCCUGCAUCCCCGACGUAGCGCUUCUCUGGCUCCUCCCCCGCUUGCUGCCAGGUCCGUCUCUCCUUCCUCCCCUGCUUGCCGUCAUGUGCGGCGUUGGACGUGGCUACUUGAUGGAGUGAAGCUGGCCUCCGAGCACCGUCAGUUGCACUGCACCCUACAAAAAAAGAACAGCCGCAAGUUCAGAAUCAGAAAAAUUAGAAGUUCAAGAAGAACAAAGGCACUGCCUUCACUCGUGUGCUUGCAAACUGCUAGGUUGUAGCUCGUAUGUUGUUUGCAACUAUCUUCAAUUUCUUCAGUAGCUGGUACACACUUUGCCAAAAUCUAGUACUUUCAGAAUGGUAAAGUUGAUAGUUGGCCUACAGGGACAACCAUGUUGAUGGCGAUUGAAAAAGGAUUCUGAAAUAAUAUUAUUGAGACUGAAGACCAAGUUUGAUAAUGCAGACCAAGUUUGAUAAUGCACGAUGUCAGAGGAUUCCAGGGCUUUCUCUGAGGUGGUUGAUGGCUUCCGAGAAAUGCGUUCAUAUCUCACAAGUUUCAGGGGUUCAAGUUCAUCUAUAUAAGAAGGAAUUCCAAUUUUGUUGCACAUCUGUGUGUGGAAGAGGCGCUGAAACUUGAUGUGCUUACUAUUUCUUUUCUUGUAACACCUAGGUACAUCACAUGGUUUCAAUCACAGUUAUUUUUCACUGCCAUGGCCCGACACCUCCUCCAUCUCGGUGCCACCGUCAUGACCUAGCCUACAUUUGCUGGUUGCUUCUAGCUGAUGUUGUUGCGUCCUGCCUCGCCGUCUAACUGAUGUUAGUGCGCCGCUGCUGCAGUUCAGCUAGAGUGGGAGAAAGAUCUCUUUGAGAGUUUAGCUGCUGUUGCUGUCUUUAAUUUUUGUUUUUGAACUUGUUGGUUAAAGAUAAUGAUGUUGCUUUCUACAUAUGGCCUUCCUGUGGAUGUAUCAUUCUCCAUCCGCUUGGAAGCUUCAACAUUCUGAAUGAUCAUAACAAAAUAAAAUACAAUCUUAGUGUGCUU